AUGGACAAAAAACUACGAACUCACACUGGCGAAAAACCUUAUAAAUGUGACGUGUGUCAACGCAGAUUUAAUGACAGGAGUAAUUUAAAAAGACAUCUUAAAACUCAUACUGGCGAAAAACCUUAUGAAUGUGACGUGUGUCAACGCAGAUUUAAUGAGAGGAGUAAGUUAAAAACACACCUUAGAACUCAUACUGGUGAAAAACCUUAUGAAUGUGACGUGUGUCAACGUCGAUUUAAUGAAAAGAGUAAUUUAUUAAAACACCGUAGAACUCACACUGGCGAAAAACCUUAUGAAUGUGACGUGUGUCAACGUCGAUUUAAUAUGAAGAGCACUUUAUUAUCACAUCUUAAAACUCAUACUGGCGAAAAACCUUAUGAAUGUGACGUGUGUCAACGCAGAUUUAAUGAGAGGAGUAAGUUAAAAACACACCUUAGAACUCAUACUGGUGAAAAACCUUAUGAAUGUGACGUGUGUCAACGUCGAUUUAAUGAAAAGAGUAAUUUAUUAAAACACCGUAGAACUCACACUGGCGAAAAACCUUAUGAAUGUGACGUCAACGUCGAUUUAAUAUGA